GGGGCCCGCAGGCUGUGCCGCCCGGCGCGGUGCCGGCGGGGGCGGCGCGGGCCCCUCCUGCCCGGGCUGCUGGGAGUUGUGGUCCGAGGAGGCGGCGAACGGAGCGGAGCGGAGCGGCGGCCCCGCACGUCCCCGCACGGCAGCAGCAGAGCCCCCCAGCGCUGCAUAUCGGGAUGAGGUGGGCACGGUGCUGCUGACCCCCAACUCCCAGGAGCAUGCCGAGCUGGGCCCGGCCGCGGCCCUGCACCCCCAUGGCAGUGCUGCAUGGAGUGGGUGCCCCUUCACAGCACCAGGACUGAGCGCCGGGCCCCCCCUGCGCCCUUCACCACCCCACCAUGCCUCUGGUGUGGCUGCCGGACUGGAGCUGCUCCCUGGACGGGCUGCGGGAUUUCAUUGCCGCCGGCAUCCAGUCGUUCCGGGACUGCGACGGCGGCGCUCUGCUGGCCGUGGGCUGCCUGCUGCUGCUCUUUGUCUGGUACUGCUACCACGUGGGUCGCGAGCAGCCCCGCGCCUACCCCGCCGUCAAUGCGUUGAUGCAGGGCGCCGAGGCCAACGGCGUGCAGAACGGCUUCGUCUACUGCCACGCGCCCGAGUGCGCGCGCUGCUCGCCCCACGAUGGCCUCAACCAGAAGCUCUACCACAACCUGCAGGAGUACGCCAAGCGCUAUUCCUGGUCCGGCAUGGGCAGGAUCCAUAAGGGCAUCCGUGAGCAGGGCCGCUACCUCAACAGCCGGCCCUCCAUCCAGAAGCCGGAGGUGUUCUUCCUGCCCGACCUGCCCACCGCCCCCUACUUCUCGCGGGACGCUCAGAAGCACGACGUGGAGGUGCUGGAGCGCAACUUCCAGACCAUCCUGUGCGAGUUUGAGAGCCUCUACAAAGCGUUCUCAAACUGCAGCCUCCCACAAGGAUGGAAAAUGAACAGCACGCCCAGCGGGGAGUGGUUCACCUUCUACCUGGUGAACCAGGGCAUGUGCGUGCCCAGGAACUGCAGGAGAUGCCCACGGACGUACCGCUUGCUCGGCAGCCUUCGCACCUGCAUUGGCAACAAUGUCUUUGGGAACGCUUGUAUCUCUGUGCUGAGCCCUGGCACCGUCAUCGCCGAGCACUACGGCCCCACCAACAUCCGCAUCCGCUGCCACCUGGGUCUGAAGACCCCCAGCAACUGUGAGCUGGUGGUGGGGGGUGAGCCGCAGUGCUGGGCUGAGGGUCGCUGCCUGCUCUUUGAUGACUCCUUCCUGCACACCGCCUUUCAUGAAGGUCCUCCCGAGGAGGGUCCCCGUGUGGUCUUCAUGGUGGACCUUUGGCAUCCCAACGUGGCAGCCGCCGAGCGCCAGGCGCUGGAUUUCAUCUUCGCCCCAGGACGCUGAAGCCACCGCCGUGCUGUCAGGGUGAGGGCACCGCAGCUCCAGCGCCGCCUGCGGCCGCUGCCCAGGGCAGGGGCUUCCUCACAGUGCCGGGGUCUCCUCCUGUGAGUCUUGUAAAUGGAACCUUCGACGUGUAUCAGCGGCAUCUCUUUCCUUCCAUCAAGGCUUCAGGGAUUAUUUUCCACCAUGGCGGUGCAUCGCGUUCCCUCCAUGGUUAGAUGCAGUCCCACUCCCAUCCGUGUUAUGUUGCUCGUGUUUCGCAGUGUUCAGAAGUAGAGUUACAAGGGUGUUUGUUUGAAUGUAAUAAUGUAAAGUUUCUCGUGGUCAUCAAAAGGACAACGCUCACGUGCCCAAGACAGCAAAGCAGGGUGAAGCACUGCGCUCAGCCUGCCCCUGCCCAGCUUGCAGCCCCCAUGCUGACAGAUGGAUGGACAGACAGAGGGCAGAGGGCUGCAGUGGCACCACAAUGGGACAGCACCACCACGGGAUGGCACCGUGAUGCCCGCUGGCUUGGCUGCACACGGCCCAGGCAGCACGUCCACCCUGCUGCAGGGAUGGUGCACAGCCAGCCCUGCUCUGUAACCUCACGCAAGGAGCUACCAAUGUCUGAAUGUCCUCCCUGUUCUACCUGCAACCCUUGGCUUUCACAAGUUGAAGCCAGGAUGCCCGCAGGGGCAGGGGGCAGUUCAGAGGGACUUUGGUUUCCUGCAGAGAUGGCAGGGAGGAGAGGCAGCCAGCCCUCCUGCUGCUGGUCACUCAUCCCCAUCCCACAGCCAGGGCGAGCACAGGGAGGCAGUGCCCACACACCUGAGAGCACAGCAAAGAUUUCCAGGCUCAGCAUCGCCCUCCUCCCAGCCCCUCCUCGGGACGCAGCCCCACUCGAGAACGAUUUCUUUACAGAUUUUUCAGAUUGCAAGAUAAGGCAGAGAUUUCAAAUACAUCUGAGAUAUUUUUUACACCUGUCUUGUUACAGAAUAUCUGAAGUGCAUGAUUUCUACACGCCUUGAUUAUUUGGAAACAGGCUCUGAGGAAGCAGGCUGGCUUGGUAACUGUGACAGUUUGGUAACAUUCCUACAGUGGAUAAGUAAAGAUUAUCAAUAAACUGUUGUGCUGAAAACA